AUGUUAGUAUUGAAAAACAUGUUCCUUGACAAAAUAAAACCAACUACAGAAAUAAACGACGCAAGACUGAAAGAUUGGGUAAAAGCUUUCCCAUUCACAAAAGAUAUUGUUGGUAACAUGGAAAGAAAACCAGAAUGGCUACAAAAACAUAUAUUUGGAAACGAGCUUAUUCCAUAUGGACAAGCUCUGUUUGAAGAGCUUGAACCGGAAACUCAGGAAAGAGUCAUGCAAACAAUACGCGACGACUCAAAUACAAACUAUGACAAACUCUUUCUAGGAUAUAGGUUACCUGAGAUGGGCGACCCGAGCCCAAAGGCAAAAAGGACAUGGGAAAUUUACAACAUACUAGGUGAACAUGAGGCAAAGAUGCAACAACUUGAAGCAGAGGGCAAGUUACCAAAGAAGAAGAGAAGAGUAGAACAAAGUGAAAGUAGUGAAGAAGUAACUUCAUCUAGUGAAAGUAGUGGCAAUGAAGGAAAAAGAAGAGUUAAAAACUCAGUCAGGAAGAAAGUAAAGCUUGGUCCACGCGGGUUCUAUUAUGACACAUAA